GGGGAAGGAGGUGCAGCGUCGGCGGGUUCUGUGGCCAUGGCGGCCCUGCGCGCCCUCCUGCUGCUGCUGCCGCCGCCGCUCCGGGCCCCGCGCCGCGCCUACUCCGCCGGUGCUCCCUUCGAGUACAUCGUCACGGAAAAGAAGGGCAAGAGCGGGAACGUGGGGUUCAUCCGACUGAACCGCCCCAAGGCCCUGAAUGCCCUCUGCAACGGCCUGAUGGCGGAGGUCAACCGGGCGCUGGACGACUUCGAGAAGGACCCGGCCGUCGGCGCCAUCGUCCUCACGGGCUCGGACAAGGCCUUCGCCGCCGGAGCGGAUAUCAAGGAGAUGCAGAACCAGACUUUCCAGGAGUGUUACGGCGGCACGUUCCUCGGCCACUGGGAUCGCCUCUCGCGGGUCAGGAAGCCCGUCAUAGCGGCCGUCAACGGUUAUGCCCUCGGAGGAGGCUGUGAGCUCGCCAUGAUGUGUGACAUCAUCUACGCUGGGGAGAAAGCCCAGUUUGGCCAGCCCGAGAUCCUGCUGGGAACCAUCCCAGGGGCCGGAGGGACGCAGAGACUCACCCGUGCCGUUGGGAAGUCGUUGGCCAUGGAGAUGGUUCUCACCGGGGACCGGAUCUCCGCUCAAGAAGCCAAACAAGCAGGCCUCGUGAGCAGAAUUUUUCCUGUCGAGAAGCUGGUGGAAGAAGCCAUCCUGUGCGGGGAGAAGAUCUCCGGCAAUUCGAAAAUCGUAACGGCGAUGGCCAAAGAAUCGGUGAACGCCGCAUUCGAGAUGACGUUGGCAGAGGGAAAUAAGUUGGAAAAGAGACUCUUCUAUUCAACCUUUGCCACGGAUGACCGGAAGGAAGGAAUGAGCGCAUUCGUGGAGAAGAGGAAGGCCAACUUCAAAGACCACUGAACGGUAGCCGACUUGUCCCAGUCGCCGUGGAAUUGGCAUUCGAAUGUGCCUCUUCCCCUUUAGAACGGUUGGAUUAAGAAGCAAAAGUCAGUUUCCGACGUAGAAAAUGGAGAUCGCCCAAUGUGCCUAAAACCUACAAGCCCGCAGCGUUCUCCAAGAGUGAGAGAGAACCGUGUCCUGGCCCCCCGGGCCCUUUCGUAACCGGGUCCCGGAAUUCGGGGUCGUGUUUCGAAGGCACCGAAGUAAUUCGCCGUAGUCGUUCUGUCCCCUGCCGACCGUACGGCUCUGGAAUCGGGAGCAUUUUAGCAUUCUGACGCAAAGGUUUCGCUGGCCCGUAGAGAUCCCGCUGGGUACGUUUGUAAGGACUUUCAUCAGAAUAGCCUCCCUUAAUUUCAGAGGAAGAGAGGAUUCAUUUUCCAGAGACUUGUCAGUUUGAUGUGGAAAGAUAUCAUCGACACCGUUUGAUCCGUUGGGUAAUCCAGAGCCGCUUGAUUUUCAUCUGAUCCUAAAUCCAUAGUGCUGACUUAUUAAAUUGGUAUACCGAGUUUCCCUUUC